AUGUUUUUAUCAGAGAAACGUGUGGAUUUGACAGCCAACCAAGAAGAAAUCUCCGACCACGAAACCUUCCAGCUGGAAUUCGACUGGAGCACGAAACGCUGGUACAUCCGCACCAUGCAAGACAAAUACUGGACUCUGGAAACGGGCGGCGGCAUCCAGGCGGCCGGCGACAAACGAUCCUCCAACGCCCUCUUCGACCUCAUCUGGCAAAAAGACGGAUCCGUCGCGUUCCGCGCCAACAACGGACGCUACGUGAUGACCAAACGGAGCGGCCACUUGUUCGCCAACAGCGACGUCAUCGACGACGACACUUGCAAGUACCACUUUUAUCUGGUCAACAGGCCGAUUUUGGUUCUGAAGUGCGAACAGGGUUUUGUUGGGUACAAGGCGGCCGGAAAUGGCAAGUUGGAGUGCAACAAGGCCACCUACGAAACGAUACAAGUGGAGAGGGGUGAAAAAGGAGUUGUGUAUUUUAAAGGUCAAAACCAAAAAUACUGGCAUUACGAUAGCGAGGGCGUUACAGAAGACUCCGACACCCCGGAAGGUUUCUAUUUGGAAUUGCGAGAGCCGACACGUCUUUGCAUCAAAACCACUACAGGAAAUUAUUUGACUGCCAGCAAAAACGGAUGUUUACCGUAUGGGCCGACAGUUCCAUAGAAAACGCCACCCAAUGGGAAUAUUAAUAAAGUUAUUUCGUCGAUGUUUGUUUUGUUUUGUGUAAUCAACAAUUAUUUCAGCCCGUUUCUGACUUUUUAAGGCUGUUUAUUUAUUUAGGAUUUUAAGCAAUUUUAAAUUUAUUAUUAUUAGCAGUUGAGGGUCACAUGACAAUUUUUUCCAAAAAGAGAAUAAAGUUGUAACUUUUCCAGGUAUGUAUUUCAUUAAUUGUGUUGCGAAACAGCUUACAAAAUAUAUCAAUAUAUUUGAAAAAUCGUUUAAACUUAUUGAGCCGUCACUGUUUUACUACUAUAAAUUUGUGAUUAUUAUUAUUUUUUUUAAAUAUGUUUAA